AUGGCGGAUUUUCUCGCCAGCUUCAAUUUCCGCGAGGAGGAGCCCGAGCUCGACAGCCGCCUGUGCACCGGCCUCGAAGAGCUGCAACUGCAGUUUCGCGAUGCUCUUGACGGCAAGGUCACCGCCACUCGAGCCGAGCGGGUUGCGACAAGGCUGGACCUCGCAGCCUCAGCCGAGUUGACGCUUGGAGUGUCUGCGAGCGAGAACAAUGUGCUGGAGGGCCUGGGCGCGCUGGACCCUUCGCUGGGAGGCGCUCUGCCGACGGACGCAUCUGUAGGCGCUGACGGAGGCCAGGUCGCCCGCGUGGUGCUCGUGAAUGAGGCCGUGAUGAACCAGUCGUCGGACGAACCGGUGCUGCAGACGGCUGUCGCAAAGCAUAUUGCUGGUGGAGUUGGCCAGGUCGAUGGAAGCGAGUGGGCACUGCGAGACUCGUCGCGAGGCGCCAACGGCUGGAUCUUUACCUUUAUCUGCAAAGGUUCCAUGGAGCACUGGCAGCGACAAAACAAGAGCCAGCCGAAGACGCUGGUUGCAGAAUAUUCACACAGGGAACUCGAUCCCCUGCUAGGAAGCCGACCUGCUUUUGACUGUCGAGGUGUCAUUACAAUUUCUUUUUUUCGAAAAUCUAGAACUGUAUCGAUCGAAUAUGACCAUUUACCACUCCACCGGACAGUAGCGGAGCUUUCAGCCUUGUACCAACCUUUAAUACCACGACGCCCUCUUCUUGCAGCAGAAAAGAAAGCUAAGGCGCCGAGACAGCCUGGUGCGCAGAGGAAGAAGCGAGAUGGCGACAAUGCGACCAAUGGCGAGGGCAAAAAACCGAGGAAACGGAAGAGGAAAACGGAUGACGCUGGUGCUUCAGAGGAGCAAGGCGUAACGGAGAUUGAUCCUUCUCUACCCACGCAGAUUCAGACCUUCACCAACCAGGUUGGAGGAGACGAGAAUGGCGGCCAGCAGCAGUCUCAGGCUGACCAGUCGGCUCAAAAUUCCGCAGCGGGCCAGCUUGUUAUCAAUGUGACGCCUGAAGAGGCUGAGAGACGGCGAAAUGUUGCCGUGGCUAUGCUUCAGCAGGCGGCCGUUGACCCGGAGUCGCUUUCCCCGGAGCAGUUCAACAUCUUUGCAAAUCAAUCUCCAGAUCUGCAAAAGGAGUCGCUUAAUAUGCUGAUUAGGUACGGUGCAGAGCGUCUACGCAUCGUGCAUCCCAGCAGUAAGGAAGGCUCUGCUCAGCCACCCUCUCGAGACUCUUCAUCUGCGCCUGCGGUUCAGAGUAACGUGCAAGAAGAUCCAUCUGGUCCCGUCACAACCAGUGGCCUGGCAUUGCAAACAGCAACUCCCACAACUACGAAAAAGAGUCGAAAGAAAAAGCAGACUGCUAGUAAUGGCGAUGAUGGAACGACUGGAGAAGCAACGACUAAUGGAGAGGCCAAGAAAACGAGGCGCCGGGGGCCAGCCAAGUCAAGGACUUCCUGCGCUCAAUGUAAACAGCGUAGGGUAAAGUGUCCAAAAGAAACGCCGAUAUGUAGUGAAUGCCGUGAGGCGGGUCUUAUAUGCGAGUUCGCACCUCCUAAGCCAAAAAAGCCAAAGUCGAAUGCUCUGAUCACGAUAGAAGAUGAAGCAGAAGAAGAUGAACUAGAAGAGACACUCGGCGAAGGACAGGAUGAUGAGCCUCAGCUAGAAGGCCAGCAACAGUCACAUGGUGAUGACGACGACGCAGAGGGCUUCCCCGACAUAGGAGAUGAGCAUGUGCACACGCAAAUGCCCAUCGGAGAUGUCUUACCAAACAACGUACAUGUUACCGACUGGGAGGCCAGCCAUAAUCAGACAAGUUAUUUUCCGCCGACAGCAACUAUGGCGGUUUCUGAAGCAGGUACUUCACAACCACCACACACAGCUGGCGUGCCUAUAUCUGAUCUUGUUAAUCUUAUCAUGCCCUCGGGUCGUCCGUAUUAUUCGAACAUGCCAGCAGCGGAUAUGCAAGAACAGACUUUGGCACACCAGAGGAAAAGUUCAACCCAGUCAUCGGCACGUCAUGGACCUGGGCGCAACAUGACGGCGAGGCCAGCCCAAGACGAAGAGCAUCACGGCUCAGUGAAUCCUCAGUCACUUUCGGAAUGGUCCGGCGACGAUAGCCCCGUUACGCAGGCAGCAGCUGUGGUGGCACAAGCGGUGACCUCUAUGCAAGACCAGGACCCUCAUGAGCCUGUCUAUGGAUUGUCAGAACCACCUGCUAAUAGGGGCAGCGGCUGGCGUUCGGCAAACGCCCAACAGCCGUCUAUGGGAGUAUCGCAGAAACAAGGCGUAUCACCGGCUGCACUACAGCGUCCAGGGACCGCAUCACCAAGGAAUGAGAUUCAACGAACCAGCCUGCCGAAGGGCAAGCAGCCGUCGAAGCGAGGAGCUGUUCAGAACUCACCUUCCACCGAUCAGCAACCUAACAGCCGCCGAUCAGGACUACAGAAACAGGUGGGUAUGGCUGGCUCGGCGGCAUAUAACAGUUACGACCGUUACUCUAGCACCCGUGGGGCAGAGACAGCUUCAACCGAUAGAAUUUCAUACGAACCGUACCAGUACCAGAGAGACGCAGUUGGCACCGCUCCGUACUCUGGCUAUGGCCAUAGUCAACUUGCAACGACAUCUGCCGCUUCGAUACCUGCGCAGACGGCUAAUACUGAAAUACCGGCUGCAGACCGCCCAGGGGCACAAACAUUUGGGCCCUAUACGAGCUCUGCGCAACGAAAUCAAUCGCAUAACCAGUCGGCAUCAUAUCUAGGCCUAAGAGCGAAUGCACAGGCUCAAGAGUUCAACAACAGUGGCUCAGAAUCGUCGCACGAUUCCCGGCAGGUCUUUCACAUGCGCUCGCAAUCUGGGGCAUCGCGACAGGGCCAGGCUGGAAUGAAGCAAGACCGAAACUAUAUGACAUAUCCGUCACAUAUCCAGCAACAGCAGCAAACACCUCAUCAGCGUGCCCCCCAGCAGCACGCGCAACACACGCAACAUGCGCAGCAAUCGAACCAACACCAGAAUUGGUAUAAUUUCAAUAACCCUCCGAAUGCCUCUUAUGCAUCUACCACUGGAGGGCACGGAUCGGGCUACAGUUGGAACCUACCUGGGGAUUCGUAA